GGGAGAAGAAGAAGAAGACCGGAAGCUUCCACGGGACAGCAGCUUGGAAUCAUCAUUAAAUAAAAGCGUCAUGGCGGCCUGGAUCAUCUCCCUGCCACAUCCUGCAGCAUCUGUCUGGGUGGUGCCGCCGCCGCCGCGGGACGAAGCAGAAGCAAGAUGACGGAGCUCCAGCCGCACGCCGCAGCACCGAGGAGAAUAUUCUUCUCUGCUGACUCCGAGUCGUUUCCUUCCAAGUGACUACCGUACGUCAGAAUUUGGCGAACCGUUGGUCGGUUGCAGCACGAAGCCCCUCCUCCAUGGUGACUGGUUGAUGCAUGAUUGGAUGAAGUGGAACGUGUUGUUUUGAAUCCUCCUCAUCAUGAUCGCGUUGCCAAACAUCCCUCCAUUUUUUAAGCCCACCCAGGCUUCACCCGUCUCCUUGACCUCGCUCAUCCUCUCCAACAACAGCUCCGCCAGCGACAUAGUCCAUGGAAUACUGGGAAAAAUUCCCUUAUCACCAUGGGUCAUUUACCUCCUGCUGGCCUUGGGCUCGCUCCUGCUGUUGCUGGUGUGCGUGUGCGUGUGCGUGUGCUGCUGCAGAAGACGCAGGAAGAAGAGGCGCCAGCAGAGGCGCGGCGCGCACGUCAAAGUCGCAUCGCUGAGCGGGCAAACCACCUCGGCGCUGGUUCAACCCAGCGCGGGCGAGAAUUCUGACGCCAAAAAGCAACCGCGAGGAAAACUGCUCUACUCGCUGGAGUUCAACGCCGCUCUCUCCGAGCUGACGGUGGGUAUCAAACAAGCCAGCAGCCUGAAAGCCAUGGACAUCGGGGGCACCUCAGACCCGUACGUCAAGGUUUAUAUCCUCCCUGACAAAACCAAGACCUGCGAGACCAAAGUGCUGAAGAACACGCUCAACGCCGUCUUCAACGAGCACUUCAACUUCCAGAUCUCCAAGGCGACGCUGCUCAAGUCCGUAGCAGUCUUGCAGGUGUUUGACUUUGACCGAUUCUCCAAACACGACAUCAUCGGCGAGCUCAGACUGAAACUGGGUCAGGUGGACUGGAACCACGUCAUCGAGGAAUGGCGAGACCUGGAGGAGCCCUCUAAAACGGAGGAGGAGAACCUGGGAGAGAUCUGCUUCUCGCUGCGUUACGUUCCCACCGCCAGCAAACUGACUGUGGUCAUCCUGGAGGCCAAGAACCUCAAAAGCACCGACCUCGACGGGAGUUCAGACCCGUACGUGAAGGUGCAGCUGGCUCUGGACAAGAGGAAGUGGAGGAAAAAGAAGACGUCCAUCAAGAGCAACACGCUGAACCCUUACUACAACGAGGCCUUCACCUUCAAAGUCACCCUGGAGCAAAUACAGCGUGUCAACCUGGUCAUCUCCGUGUGGGACCACGACCCCAUGACCCCGAACGACCCCACGGGGAAGAUCUUUCUGGGCUCCGACGCGCCGGGCAACCAGCUGAGACACUGGGCCGACAUGCUAUCCAACCCGCGCCGCCCCGUGGCCCAGUGGCACACGCUGCUGUCGGCCGAGCAGGUCAACGCCACCUUGACCCUCAAGAAGAAGAUCCCUCUGGUCAGGAAAAUUCCUUUCUGAGGCCAGACACACGGGGGCGCCAUGGACCUGUUCAUAUUAUUUCUCUGACUAGUUUAAAUACAGUACAUAACACUGCAAUACACUGCCCCCUGCUGGCUGUGAGUGGUAUUGGGAAGUGCUAUUAUGACUUUGGGCAUAUUUUGAUGCACCUAUUCUAUCAUAAGCAUAGGAAAAAGUCAGAAUAAUGCAUACUGCUUAUGACUUUUUGUCUAAUAAUUUUGACUUUAUCUCAUAAUUAUGACUUUUUAUCUCAUACUUUAGACUUUCUUGUAUUAUAAUGUCUACUUUGUCUACAGUUAGCACUUUGUUCACUUGAAUGCCUAGUACGGCUAAUAAUAAUAAACAGUGGGGUGUCCUUCCGGGCCAAAAUUAGCAUAUUUCGACCGAUUACAUUUAAAUGACAUUUCAUCUACAGAUAGAUAUUAAAGUGAUUUUAUAUCCUACAUACCUUUUAUACUGCCCUGAAACUCCCAUCCAUGAGUCGGCUUAAAGUUGGACUUAACAUCGGAAGCUACUCCUACUAGAUUGCUCUACAAUCGCCAUUGAAAGCAGGUGACGUCAAUGUAAAUAUGAGAACACGUGACACAACCAGGAAGUGUUAAGAAGGCUGGUUCGCGGCUAGAGGAGGAGGAGGAGCCUCCGAACUUCUGGCUUCCGCACUUGCGCAGCACCGAUUGCGUUUCCGGUACGGGUUGCGUAGUUACAGGCGUCUUCUUAAAAGUAGUUUUGAUCAUUUUGUCUUAAAUUAACAAUAUAGCAACACCUUUAGUAGUGAUAAUAGAUAAUAAUUACAUGUCAUAGGACGCUCUAUUAUAGGAAUAGGUUUCGAUGCUAACACCGCGUGCUAACACGUCAAAACGUUCCAAACUAUCUGGUGCCCAGGUGAGGAAAAAUGAACAAAAAGGGAAAGGAAAGCGUAACAAAAACAGAGGUAAUGUUACAAUGUUCGACAGUAACGAUGUUGUCAUAAUAUUAUUUUUUCUGUAGCGGAACGAUGAUCGAUUAGUGUCAUACACCAUUAGCAUAGCAUAGUUAGCUAAUCGAUAACUAGCCAGUAGCGCUGUUACUUUUAAUGUCAGUUAAUUUUAUGGAAAUUUUAAGCUAUUAUGGAAAAUAUUAAUGCAAAGGCGGUUAUUGCUGUUGUGACCCCGGAAGUGAAAAGCCGAAAGAGAAAGACGAAGUAGUAACGCAACUACUUCCUUCCUACCUACUAUUUUACCUUCAGGUAAAUGUGUAAAUAUUCAAUUUAUUCAUCGGCGUAGUAAUGUUAAAAUGUGUUUUGUUUAUAUUCCAACACCUGGUUAGCUCACGUUUCCCAGUUUGUAAUAAAUUCAUUGAAAUUGUGAGAUUGAGGAGGCUGGUGUCGUUUUUUGAAUGGCUUUCAGCUAAGGCAGUACCAAAAACCACCACUAGAUGUCUCUGUAAGAUCACCUGUUAGUUUACUUUUAAACCAUUUUGACUUAAAUCAUUGUAUUUUUGUUCAUGCUGGUUUAUUUAUUAUCUUAUUUUGUGCAGUAUCUUUUUUAUAUUGUAUUUAUAAUUUAAUUUC